AAAAAAAACAUUUACAUCGCAUACCUCAUUUGUCUUUGUCUUAGUAUUGUAUAAGCUCAUCAUCUGUUUUCUUUUUUCUUCAUGAGCUAAUCUUUUUUUUUUUUUCACUUCACUCUUGUUAAAAUUGGAAUUUCCCAAAUAAAAUUCAGACAAAAAUGGCGGCUUCUAAUGACUCAGAGACAAAGAUAGAUGUUCAGUCCGUGCCGGCAAGCACGGAGGCAAGAAGUGGCGACCGCGGUGGCGAUGGCAUUGCAGGGAUACUACAGCGUUAUAGGAGGGAGGGUUUUGUUGAGAGAGGGUCUUUGUGUUUGAGAGGGCUUGCUCUUGUUUUCUCUUUUAUUUCUUUUUUCGUUGUGGUCACCAAUGAACAUGGCGAUUGGAAACAGUUUCACAAGUAUCAGGAGUACAGGUAUUUGUUGGCCAUAGCAAUUCUUUCUAGUUUGUACACUGGAAUCCAAUGUUUUCGCCAAGUUUAUGGGAAAAAUAUGAUUCAACCAAAUAUUGCAGUUCUUGUUGAUUUCUUUGGAGAUCAGAUAAUGGCAUACCUGUUAAUAUCAUCAGCAUCAGCAGCAAUUCCAAUAACAAACAGAAUGAGAGAAGGAGCAGACAAUGCAUUCACAGACACAUCAACCGCCGCAAUUAGCUUCUCCUUCUUUGCAUUUUUGUGCUUAGCACUCUCAGCCAUCAUUUCUGGAUACAAAUUAUCAACUCAAACUAAUAUAUAAAAUUCCCAUAGAAUUUUCCCUAUUAAUUAAUUGUUUCAUAUGUACAGUUUCAUUUAUUUCUCUAUAAAAUAAUAAAUUUUCUCUGUAAAUUUAUGGUUCAA